AUCGCGUUUCACAGACAAACAUAUACAAAGAGAAGAAGAGCUGAAACGGACGCACAAGACGCACAGUAACGAAAAAAACGCAAAUAUGUCAUUUUUGUGUAAGAGUUAAUAGUAACACUGUGUGCUGUGCCAUUCUUUCUGAAAGAUUUAAUGCGUUUUAGUGUGUGACUUGUAGCAAUGAGAACCCUGGUUCUAGACAAUGGCGCUUACACGGCUAAGAUUGGAUACAGCCACGAGAAAGUCAGUGUUAUUCCUAACUGCCAGUUCCGGUCCAAGUCUCUGAGGCUAAAAACCUUCACUGCAAAUCAGCUGGAUGAAAUCAAAGACCCGUCUGGACUCUUUUAUAUCCUUCCGUUUCAAAAGGGUUAUCUCGUGAACUGGGAUGUGCAAAGGAAAGUGUGGGAUCAGCUGUUUGGAAAAGAAAUGUUCAAGGUGGACUUUGCUGAUACCAACAUAGUUAUAACUGAGCCAUACUUCAACUUCACCUCAAUUCAAGAAUCCAUGAAUGAAAUUUUGUUUGAGGAGUACCAAUUUCAAGCAGCUCUCCGAAUCAACUCUGGAUCUCUGAGUGCACACAGAUACUUCUAUGAGUACAGUUCGGAGUUGUGUUGCAUCGUGGUGGAUAGUGGCUUCUCCUUCACACACAUCAUCCCUUACUGUAGAGGAAGGAAGAUGAAGGAUGGCAUUUGCAGAAUAAAUGUAGGUGGAAAACUUCUCACCAACCACUUAAAAGAGAUCAUUUCAUACAGGCAGCUACAUGUGAUGGAUGAGACUUAUGUGAUCAAUCAAGUAAAGGAGGAUGUGUGCUAUGUCUCACAGGAGUUUUACAAAGACAUGCAGAUUGCUCAGUUGAAAGGAGAGGAAAAUCUGGUAAUGAGAGACUAUGUACUACCUGACUUUAGUUCCAUCAAAAAGGGCUUCUGUAAGCCUCGAGAGGAGAUGAAUUUCACAGGGAAGUAUAAAACUGGAGAGCAGAUACUGCGGCUCACAAAUGAGAGAUUUGCUGUUCCAGAGAUGCUUUUCCAACCGUCAGAUAUCGGCAUCCAGGAAAUGGGCAUACCAGAAGCAAUAGUCAACUCUAUUAACAAAAUGCCAGAAGAGAUGCAGCCUCACUUCUUCAGGAACAUCGUCUUGACAGGUGGCAACACCUUGUUUCCUGGCUUCAGGGAUCGUGUGUAUAAAGAAGUCCGUGCACUCGCCCCUAGUGAAUUUGAUGUUUCUGUAAUACAGCCACAAAAUCCAAUCUGCUAUCCUUGGGAAGGAGGAAAGCUCUUAGCAGAAAACCCAGAUUUUGAGGAGAUGGUGGUAACACGAGAGGAUUAUGAAGAAAAUGGACAUAUUGUGUGUGAGGAGAAGUUUGACAUUUAAUCUGGGAAAAGCUAUUAUUUAUCCACCAUGUGUUUAUCUCAUACCAUGUCCUCUCUCAUGUUGUUUUCUGAAUCUGAAUGUUGUAAUUAUUUUUUAUAUAAUUUUUAUACUGUGCUGAAAAUAAACUUGACUUCAUAA